UUGGCUGAACACGUGAGCAUGCGCAGAGAAUUCGGCGCGCGAAAGCUGCUCCAGGAAGUGAGAACAACUGAACGCUAACGGCUGCCAGUUUGGGAUCUGAAGCUCUCACACAACUUCCACAAUCUCUUAACAUCUGCUUUAUUAUGGCAGACCCGAAGGACCAGGAAGAGCAUGAAACCACUGGAGAAACUGCAGAGGACUCCAACCAUGAUCCCCACUUUGAGCCCAUCGUCUCUCUUCCUGAGCAGGAUGUGAAAACAUUAGAAGAGGAUGAAGAAGUGCUCUUUAAAAUGCGGGCCAAACUGUAUCGUUUUGCAUCAGAGAACGAUCCUCCAGAAUGGAAGGAGAGGGGCACUGGUGACGUGAAGCUCCUGAAACACAAAGAAAAAGGUUCCAUCCGCCUCCUGAUGAGGAGAGACCGAACUUUGAAGAUUUGUGCCAAUCAUCAGAUCAGUCCCCUGAUGGAGCUGAAGCCCAACGCUGGCAGUGACAGAGCGUGGGUGUGGAACACACUAGCAGAUUACGCCGACGAAUGUCCCAAACCAGAACUACUGGCAAUACGCUUUCUAAAUGCAGAAAAUGCUCAGAAGUUUAAGGUGAAGUUUGAUGAAUGCAAAGAGGAGGUCAAAAAACAAGUAGAGGGAUCAGGCGACACUGACAGUGCAAACAAGGUGGCAGAGAAGCUGGAGGAGCUCUCGGUAAAAGAGAAGUCAUCAGAGGGAAAGAAGGAAGAGGACAAAAAGGAGACCGAGAAGAAUGAGGAUGAGAAGAAGGAGGUGAAAGCUGCAGAGAAGAAUUAAGAAUCUAUUCUUUGCUGAUCUUCAGUUUUUGUUUUUUCAGUUUUUCCUCUUUUUCUACAAUAGACUAUAUUGAACUGAAUUUGGACUCUGACAUAUUAGGUUUUUUUGUUUUAAUCUGUUUUGCCUCAAGAUCACAAGUCCUUGAAGCCACUGGAGAAAAUAUCAGACGCAAAGUUUCUAAAAGCCCCUUUCCCACUUUUCUCAGCGGAAGCCCGUAACUUUCCAUCCUUACUUGGAAGAGGUCAACAUUUCUAUUGACUAACUGUGAAAGGAGGCUUGUGGUAGCGAUCAUUCCCACAUUGGGGUGUUUUUUGUUGUUGUUUUUUCGUUUUAUGAUGAAGCAGAGUAUUUGUGGGGGGGGAGAACAUAAUGUAGCCUGCUGAUCAGCAGCACCAGGUCAGAAACAAGACAUCAGGGCGGUGCCUGAGAUUCCUGUCCACACUUCCUCUAUUUGAUCACAAGGUGAAGGCUUCUCUUUGAAGUGAUUAUCUCUCUGGGUUCCUCCUUUUAGUUUAGCUGUUGGCUGACUUGGAAGAGGAGGAAAUCCCUCUGGACAGUUUUGGAGCAUCAGACGAGUCACGAUCAGGGUGUCCAUUUAUGGGUUAAUGGCGGAUAACAUGCACUCAGUUAAGAUUCUCAUCUUUGCCUUUUAUUUAGCGUUUAAAAUGAAGUCCAAAGCAAAAACGGUUCAUGAAUUUGUGCGGCUUGUUUUUCCUCACUCUUGUUUUUGAUCAGGAGAUUAAAGUUUGUAUGUUUUAGUUCAUAACAUUCCCAGACUUUGAAGCAUUUAAUGUGUACGUAACAGAGCGCUCCCAUCAGGUCUGUGUGCUCACCGCUCUCUUUCCACCCGAUAAGUCCCCAACCUGGACUCCAGCGCAUCCAAGAGCCAGUGCAUCUGUAAAUACAUGUAUAUGGAUGAAAUGCUGCUCUUUGCUUGCACUCGGAUCAGAAAUGUUUCCUCCAACUUCAAAUAAAAGCUGGUAAAGAUCA